UCAGUUGUAUUUGCCAUUUUUUUGCUAUUCGAUUCAUUUAGGACAAAGAAAUUAAAUAUUUGUCUGUUACUUCUUCAAUUGGUCAGUCAGAGACGUACUGACGACAUUGACUAAACAGAAUUGAGAAUACUUAGAACUUGUUUACUAUUCUGUGACAGUGUAUUUGAGUGUAUCUUAUAAAAAUAUGAGUUAUUACACUGUGACUUUGUUUACGUUUAGGAAAACAAAUUCUUGUUUUUCAAUGUAAAUUAUAGCUGUAGGUUUUGUUAAAGCUACUACCCAAUAAUAGUAUGAGAUAUGAGAAUGACAUUUUUACCAGAAUAAAUUACAAUGGAAUCUAGGGAAACCUCGGAAUUGCAGCAGUUGGUGUCCAGUGAUGCAGAAAAUGAAGAUAGUAUUGUUCAAGACGAAGUGGAAGGGAAAGUCAUAUCACCCAUCAAAAGUAGCAAAAUUUCUUCGUCUGGAAACACAAGUCGUAGUUCUGUUGCCCACAGCAUAAGAAGAGGUCAAAGUGGAGUACCAACAGGUUCCAAAAUCACAUUUGUUAAUGAAAGAAAAAUUAGAGAUACUAACAGGGGAAGCGCAGUACGGCCAAGAAACACAGAUAAAGAUAAACCUCACACAGAUAUUCCACACCAUUCUUUUAUGUCUCAAGUGCCAGACGUACGACACAUGGAGAGGGCCCUCCUUGGCCUACUAGGAGACUUCCAUUCCGGCAAACUACGGGCGUUCGGAAGCGGCUGCACCAUGGAGCAGAUGACUAACAUACGAGAACAGCAGGAAAAACUGGCAAAGCUACAUUUUGACUUGGGAUCAGCGACAGUGCCCAGUCUGAAUGACGAUGACAUUCAGCGGUCUCAAAACACAAUGAGUGAACUCAUACAAAGACUAGAACAGCUUAGUGUUUCGAUUGAAGCACUGCACAAUAACAGUUCGGUCAAAUAGUGGACUUCAGGGAAAAAGUAGAAUUCUAGAAGUUUAUACAGGUUGAGAGCCCUUUCGAUAAACAUAUCAAUAGGGUAAACCCUAAAUAAUUUCAGUUGAUAGUUACUGAAGCAAAUUAUGGAUCAGUAAGUUGAAUGUUGUAUCUAUUUCCAUGAAGAUAUUCUAAUUUUAAUGUAUCAUUUAAUUUAUGUGGUGGACAAGUAUUCUUUAGAAUAUUCUAUAUGCCAAUAAUCAGCCCCAAAAAUGUUCAAGUAUCUUGCCAUGAUUCGUACUACUAGCCCAUGUUUCUCUAUUCAGGAUAUUUAGGCAAAUUUUUGUGAUAUUAUAUUUUGAUAAUUGUAAGUUGUUGAUUUUGAAGUUUAUUGAAAAUGUGUUUUAAAAUAUGAAUAGGUACUGUUCAAGCAAGAUUGUAUAAGAGGUACACUGAGCUUUGAACAAUUUUUAUUGAGCUUAUUUCAUAAUUUUCUUUUAUAAUAGUGGGGACAGGGGAUUUUUGUGUUCUGUAAUAAAAUAAUUUUUAUAUAUAAAUAUGUAUAUUUGGUGAAAUAAAUAGAUAAUAAAUCAAA